GUUCCAAAGACGGCAGCAUCCAAGAGGUGAACGUGAGCCCCUGCCCCACGCAGCCCUGCCUGCUCCAUAAGGGGACAUCCUACAGCAUCAACGUCACCUUCGCCAGCAAGAUCGAGAGCCAGGGCAGCAAAGCAAAGGUGUAUGGUGAGAUGCUGCACGUGGACAUACCCUUUCCCAUUCCUGAGCCUGAUGGAUGCAAGUCUGGGAUCCAGUGCCCCAUUCAGAAGGGCCGUUCCUACAGCUACCUGAAUAAGCUCCCUGUGAAGAGCGAGUACCCCAGUAUUAAACUGAUUGUGAAGUGGGAGCUGGUGGAUGACCAGGACCAGAUGUUGUUCUGCUGGAAGAUACCAGUGCAGAUCACCAGCUGAGGAGCCCUGCCAUUAGUAGGGCUUGGGGAGGGGAAAAACAGAAGACAACACAGGCCAAAUUCUUUUAUAUAAUAAGCAUUUCUUCCUGCUUCCUUCAGAGCUCUGCAGCCUCUGAGCAACCACCACUGUGUUCCUGCAAGGUCAGCCAUGGGCAGAGGGCUCUUACUCCAUUUAGAGCCCUCGGGGUGUUCUCAGAGCAGCUCGAGGGGGAGCAGUGUCUGCUGCAGGAGUGACUGAGCAUCAUCCUCCAGCUGCUCUGCGGAGGCCCUUUAGUUGUUUGGAAUGGAGCUGUCUGUCCUCACAAAGGAGUUUCUCUGCGAUGAACCUGGCUAGCGUCUGAGCUGCUACCUGGUAACCUUUCAGUGCCUCUUCUAGAAUGCCGGCUGCAUCCAUCCUCCUGUGCUUCUCCUGUUCUGUCACGGCUGGGAUGCUCCUGGGACCUGUGUUUGCCAUCCAUGCAGCUGAAGGAGAGGGAAGGAGAGGAGGCUUUCCCUGAGCUGGCAGCUUCCCCUGUCCUGGGCUGCUGCUCAAGCCAGCAGGACUGCAGCUGGGAAAACUUCCUUUUUGUGGAUGCAAAGCCAAAUGGUGUUCGAUGUCUCUGCAGGGAUGACUCUUUCUCUAACCAAUGGUUUGCACUACUACUAACUUGGAGCUGCUGGGAGCUCCUGAACCUCUUUUUAUAACUUUCCUUUUAAUAAAGGCUAGA